AUGGUCGAUGGAAUUAUGAAAAGAUUCCCAGAAGACGUGGUUAUUUAUAUACUAUUAAGGUUUCGGGUAAAAUUUCUUUUGCGAUUCAAAUGCAUCUCAAAAACUUGUUACACUCUCAUAAAAUCCUCCAUUUUUGUCAAUCUUCAUCUCAGUCGGACCACAAAUGACAAAGAUGAAUUCAUUCUUUUUAAGCGCUCAUGGAAAGAAGAAACCAGUCUGUAUAAAACUAUCAUAUCUUUUCUUUCUGUUAGAGCUGAUGAUUAUCUCAACCCCAUUAUUCCGGAUCAAGAUGUGCCUUAUAUGACAGCGACGUAUAGUAUUGAGUAUGAUCAACUCAUUGGUCCUUGUCAUGGUUUGAUAGCUUUGAUGGAUGAUCUUAAUACUCUGUUAUUCAAUCCGUCAACAAGAAAGUAUAUGCUGCUCCCGCCCAGCCCUUUUAAUUGUCCGAGAAAUCACUAUCGAACAAUCAGAUGUGUUGGGUUUGACUUCGACUCCAUUGCAAAUGACUACAAGGUUGUUAAAAAGUUUUGAAAUUUACAGCGAGGAUCGUAUUGUUAUGGUUAUCCUAUAGAGGAAGGGGGAAAAGUGGAGGUUUAUGAAUUGGGUAUUGAUUCAUGGAGAGAAUUGGAUCAUGUGGAUCCACCGCUACCCGUGUUUGUUUGGUCGCCUUGUUCUCAGGUUUUUUACAAGGGAUCUUUUCAUUGGUUCGCCAAUCGAGUAAUUCUUUGUUUUGACAUGAGUACAGAGAUUUUUCGUAAUAUGAAAACGCCUAAUACUCAUGACUGCUCAAAUAGAAAACGAUAUAGCCUCAUUAACUUAAAUGAGUCUCUCACCUUGAUAUGUUACCCCUGUCUAGUGCCCGUGAUUGAUCCAACAAAAGAUUUGAUGGGAAUUUGGAUGAUGAUAGAUUAUGAUGUAUAUGAUUCUUGGAUACAGAAAUACAAAAUUAGAGGUCUUCCUAUUGAAACCCCAUAAGCAGUUUGGCAAGAUUAUUUAUUGCUUUUUCAAAGCAAAAGUGAA